AUGAGGUCCCCAUCGUUUAUCAUGCCCCACAACCUAAUACCCUCCAGCAAGUACCACGAAAUUAGAGCACAAAAUGAAGAAAAGGAAAAACUGAGCAACCGAGAUGUAUACGAGUACCGUAGCAACAAGGUGAGUCCGAUGUGCACCACCACCACGUUUAAGUCGCACCCACCAAUCUACACAGAGAAGAUAACCUACAACCCGAACGUAGUUAGCCAAGGUCCAGCGAUUCCCAAUUAUGGUGCACAUGGGGGUAGUCCUCGAAAGGUCAGUUGCAUGAAUUCAUUUCCCUGUUUAAAGGGGCACACAAGGGGAUGUAAUGAAAUGAACAAUGGUGCCAUAAAUGGAAUUCACAACAGCGGUAUUUUUACGCACCCAACUUCUAGUGCUUACACAACUCGGUAUAAUGCUGCCCCAACAAACAAACGGUUGGUCAAAAAAGUGAGCAAAGUGCCAUGCCUGUUCAAUACCAAACCAGCAUUCAUGCAACACAGUUGCGAAAAAGUGUACAAUGAUGUGUCUGCAGGUCUCAUCCACUUUGACUCCCCUUUGCAUGGCGGUCAAGGGUACGUACAAAUAAGUACACACGAUGAAACGCCAAUCUACCACAUUAAUGAAAAGAAAAAUAAGAAAGACCUAGAAGUGAUGGGAAAAUUAAAGCACAUGGAACCUUUUAAAAAGAGAGUGACAAAGGAAAAAUUACCCGAACCGAUCAUAAAAAAUAAAAUUAAUGAACUGAUAAAAGAAAAGGAUGAACAAAUAAAGGAAUUGGAAAAUGAGAUUCAAAAUGAGAAGCGAAAAAGCGAAAUGGUCAAACCAGACGGUGCAGAAAAAGAGAGGGAGUGCUCCAAUGUAGAAAACAGAAAGCUAAAAGAAAAACUGUUGGACCAAAAAAUUAAAUAUGAAGAAACGUUGAAACAUUUGAAAAGGGUGGAAAUCGAGAGAAGGUCCCUCAAAUCAAGUUUGAACGUACGAGAUAAAGUCCUGACGAAACUGGAAAAUGAAAUCGGCUCUGUGGACAACGAAAAUGAUUAUUUGCUUCGUUUGAAGGAAAACACAAGUCUGAGUGAUGUACAUAACCUCUUCAAAUUUUUGCAAGGCCGAGAUAAAGAAGGUGAUGAGGGGAGGUACGACAAAUGUGCAGGGAAAAAUAAUGAAAAUGGGAAGGGACUAAACAAAACGAAUGAAAGGAACAAUCGAGUUGAUACAUAUGAGAGAAGUGACACAUAUGGGGUUAACGAUGUAGAGGAGGGAAAGGAUAAGGAGGAUGAAUUUAGCUGGUACAAGAGCAAAAGCACGUGUGAGGAAAGUCUCCUGUCACUGGAAGGGGAUGAGUUAAAAGAGAACAAAAAUUCAUACAAGAAGGGAAAAAAGGUGUCUAAGUUUUCCAAGCCCAGUUUUGACAACAACGAUAUGUAUACGCUAAAGUCAACAAUCGUGGAGUUAGAAAAGGAAGUGUAUGAAUUGAAAGAAGAAAAUAAAAAUGUGAAUUUUAAAUACGAAAAUACGUUCCAAGCUUUAAGUGAAUUGAGGAAGGACACCCUGGAGUACAUGGAAUCCAUCGUUUCACGUGAUAUGCGCAUAGCAUAUAUGGAGAGUAUGCUACAGAAGAGCGAAAAGGAUCUGGGCAAAUUGAAAGAACUCCUAAAAAAGCAGCAACUCCUAUACACUGAAAAGGUAGACAAAUGCUCAUCGGAGAUAAGCAUCUUGGAAAAGCAGUCUUCUCACCUACAAUCCAUGAUACAAGAAAAAGAUUCAGAAAUCGUUUUGUUGAAAAAUGAAAUAAUACGAAAUGAAAUGCUCGUCAACCAAUACGAAGAAAGAAAUAAAGAAUUGCAAAACGAACUUCGCCUAAUGUGCAACAACCUAGAAAACGUAAUUGACGCAUCAAACAAAAAAGACUUGUUCAUGGUUGAACUGGAAAAACAAAUUAGAGAAAAUGAAGUACACAGACAAAAUGCCUAUUUGAAAGAAGUGGCCAACAAUAGGAAAGUUCAUGCAAAUAUGAAAUUUAAAGAAAUGAUGUAUGAUAAAUCUGCUAAGCACCAGGUGGAUGAACUACACACCUUGAAGAAGGAACUCUACUUGAACAAAAUACAAAUGCAAAAAGCUAGGGAUGCAUUCGAAGUCCUUAAGAAAGUACCCAAGGCAGAAACUGUAUGUAGAAGAAAGCAAAAUUUCAGUCAAGAUAACGAUUCCAGUACUGUUCACAAUUUUUCCGAGGAUAAAAAUGAUCAGGACGGGGGACACACAACCUUCGAGACUAAGGUGUCUUCCGAGGCGGGGCCAGCACACAAGGCGAAGCACUCUGUGGUUAAGAAGAAGAAGAAGCGAGUUGCCAAGACGAGCACAUCAACCAGUUUAUCUGCAAGCAUGCAGGAAAACACGCAGGAAAGUUGCCAAGGGGAAAUUCAAGCAUGCGUUCAAACAAUAGCAUAA